AUGCCGCCCACCAUGAUGCCGCCCCGGGAAACCGCCCGUAUCAAAAACCGCUACUGCCUGGACCUGCCCUCUCACCUACCUGGUCUCAUCCUCACUUCUGAACACUGCAACAACGGAGUGCAGCUGCCUCUGACGUCACUGCCACAGGACAGUAAGCAGGUGUACGUACAGCUCCUGUGGGACAACAUCAACCUGCACCAAGAACCCGGAGAACCACUUUACCUGCUCUGGAGGACCUUUUUGGAGAAGAGGGGAACUCUGGGGCCCACAGACCACCAGGAGAUCCGCACUCUCCUCAACACCAUUGUUCGCAACAUCCAGACCAACGACGUCUACGGGCCGAUCAACCUGCUGAUCCGAGAGAUCAAACGGCGUCCAGAAGGGGUCAAACGACAGAGGUCCGUUCUGCUCCUCCAUCUAUACUCACUGUUUCAUAUUUAG